UAUCAACCGAAUUCCCCGACCAGGCCCAAUUUGAACUUUCUCGUGGACACUGGUAGUGAGUAAAUUUCUCGCAGCCAUAGAUGUCUGCCACAGCACGCAGUACUGCGAUCGCGCAACCGAAUGGAACAAUAAAUACCCGUGGACUACAUUUGCUCAGAUGCGCUGGCAUAUCUCCGCUGUGGACAAUGUGCGCCGCAGUGACUGUGGACCCUUGGCGUUCAACACCCUUUUUGUCCCAGACCACAGUCCACAUAUGGAUCAUCACUGGUUUAUAAGGUGCGCCUCAACGAGAAUUUGUGCAUCAUCCAACCAGCUUCACACCCUUCUUUCCCAUCAUGCAAGCCACUUCUCCAUUUCCGUUUGCAAAUCUUUCCACGGAGCUCAUCCUCCUCACCUUUGCACACGCUGCAAGACCUACUUUCGUCGAAACUAGCGACGAUGCGUCGCAGAAUCCAUAUGCAUCUGCCCUCUCACUAUGCCACGUCUCCAAAAUCGUCAGACGCACCGUUCUUCCUGAACUUCUGCGCACAGUGUUGCUCCCGGAAUAUACCAACGUCACGGCUUUCGUCCGUGCUCUGCGCAUGCAGCAAGCAUUCGCUCUAGAAGGAAAUGACCUCCGUUUCGAUUACGCUGGUCGCGUAGACAGGAUUUGGUUUGGACGAAUCUGCGAACCUCCCCCACAAGCUCCCGUGCAGAGCAACUUUGCCUCAUCUAUCACGUCUGAGCUUGACGCCGACUUCAGCCUACUGGCGCCGGUGCUGCUAUCCGCACCCUCCCUCGCACUAGACUUUGAAAGUCUGUGGCUUCUUUAUGGCUGCCUCGAGUACGCAUGGAACUCCCACAUCCACAACAAUGACCUAGAACGUGUCCCUCCUCCUUGGCGCACCAACAAUUUGACGUUAGUGGGGGAAUUUAAUCGAUGGCGCCCUCUCACAAGCACUACCGAGGGAUCCGCUUUCCUCGCCUCAAUUUCACGCCUCUCCUUCCUCUCCCCCGCGAGAGCAGAAACUCAUCUACUCCCUACCUAUGAUCCCUGCUUCGACGACUUGGAACAUCGGAAAUACCCACUCCCUGAGUGGAUGGCAAGCGUCCCAUGGAAUUCGUUCAAACGCCUUCGAACAGUUUCGCUGGUGCUGCCGCGAAUCGUGCUCACGGAAAACGUGGAUGUUGAACUGUUGACGUUGUUCGAUCCCCCACACUCGGCCUACUGGGAACCCAAGGACAUAAGCGCUUACAUCGAGAGUGGGGAAGGGCAUAUCGUGUCCGUCGGUGUUCGGACUAAGUUGGGAGAUUCUCCCAUCCAGUUCAGUGUUUCCUUUGAUUGGGAGGAAGCUUGGGCAUGUGGCCUGCUUAAAUAGCGCUCGAGGAAGUUGUUCUCAUCUGUAUUGGUUGAUUUUUCACAUGGUUCACACGUAGCCUCUUUCCAUGAUGACAGCUCCAGUUGUUUUCGUUCAUUAUCCCUAGCUUCCCUGCUUCGUUUACUUUCAAAAUCGUGCUUGUGUUGGGGGUACUGGUCUGCUUCCAGCCAGCGGUUUUGCUGAAGGUUAUUUGUAAUGUUCUUAAUAACAAUUUUCAAGUCAUUCAUCAUCGGAGCUACUCUACAAAA